UGCGCGAGCGGGCCCCGGGCCCGGCCGGUGGAGGACUCAGGUAGCGCGCGUUGGCGCAGCCAGCCACCCGCUGCCUCACUUGCGGCACUUUAAAGGAUUCAGCCUCCCCUCCGGCCCACCCGUGCCUUGGCCUCCUUGCAGAGGCGCGCCAACCGCGUCUCGUCCUCACGUGCCGAGGCCGCUGCAGUGACCCCGAUCCCCGGGCCGACGAUGUGAGACCUGCCGGGUGUCCCCGCACCGGGCCGGGACGCCGAGAGUGGGCGUCUCGGCAGCGCAGGGAGAUGGCCUUGCUGCCGGUGCUCCUCGCCUCCUGGGGCCUGGGACAGUGAGGGUGCUGGCGAGCGAGGGAACGCGGCCCCGGGGCGGCAGGGGCGAAGGGGUCGCGGGCACGAUGGAGGGGGUGCUGUACAAGUGGACCAACUAUCUGAGCGGUUGGCAGCCUCGAUGGUUCCUUCUCUGUGGGGGGAUAUUGUCCUAUUAUGAUUCUCCUGAAGACGCCUGGAAAGGCUGCAAAGGGAGCAUCCAAAUGGCGGUCUGUGAAAUUCAAGUUCAUUCGGUAGAUAACACACGCAUGGACCUGAUCAUCCCUGGGGAACAGUAUUUCUACCUGAAGGCCAGAAGUGUGGCCGAGAGACAGCGGUGGCUGGUAGCCCUGGGGUCAGCCAAGGCUUGCCUCACCGACAGUAGGACCCAGAAGGAAAAAGAAUUUGCUGAAAACACUGAAAACUUGAAAACCAAAAUGUCGGAACUAAGACUCUACUGUGACCUCCUCGUCCAGCAAGUGGAUAAAACAAAAGAAGUGACUACAACUGGUGUGUCCAGUUCUGAGGAGGGAAUCGAUGUGGGAACUCUGCUGAAAUCGACCUGCAAUACUUUUCUGAAGACUUUGGAAGAAUGCAUGCAGAUUGCAAAUGCCGCCUUCACCUCCGAGCUGCUCUGUCGCACUCCCCCGGGAUCCCCACAGCUGGCCUUGCUCAAGUCCAACAAGAUGAAACAUCCCAUUGUACCGAUUCAUAAUUCAUUGGAAAGGCAAAUGGAGUUAAACAAUUGUGAAAAUGGGUCUUUAAAUAUGGAAGUAAAUGAUGAUGAAGAAAUCGUAAUGAAAAACAAGAGCUCCUUAUAUUUGAAAUCUGCAGUGAUAGAUUGCAGCAUAUCAAGUGAAGAAAAUACAGAUGAUAAUAUAACAGUCCAAGGUGAAAUAAUGAAGGAAAAGGGAGAGGAGAAUCUGGGAAAUCAUGGCAGCGACUUGGCACAGCCUGGAGCAAACUCCUCAGAAUCCCGCUGGGAAGAAGGCCAAGAAAUCAUCCCGACUUUCUUUAGUACCAUGCACACCAGCUUUAGUGACAUUGAACUUCUGGAAGACAGCGGCAUUCCCACAGAAGAAUUCUUGGCGUCGUGUUACGCUGUGGUUCCAGUGCUGGACAAACUUGGCCCGACAGUGUUUGCUCCUGUUAAAAUGGAUCUUGUUGGAAAUAUUAAGAAGGUGAAUCAGAAGUAUAUAACCAACAAGGAAGAGUUCACCACCCUCCAGAAGAUCGUACUGCACGAGGUGGAGGCAGAUGUCGCCCAGGUUAGGAACUCAGCCACGGAAGCCUUGCUGUGGCUGAAAAGAGGUCUCAAAUUUUUGAAAGGAUUUUUGACAGAAGUGAAAAAUGGAGAAAAGGAUAUCCAGACAGCCCUGAAUAAUGCAUAUGGUAAAACAUUACGGCAACACCACGGCUGGGUCGUUCGAGGAGUUUUUGCGUUAGCUUUGAGGGCGGCUCCAUCCUAUGAAGAUUUUGUGGCCGCGUUAACCAUCAAGGAAGGCGACCACCUGAAAGCAGCUUUCGGCGUUGGGAUGCAGAGGGACCUCAGCCUUUACCUCCCUGCCAUGGAAAAGCAGCUGGCAAUCCUGGACACUUUAUACGAGGUCCACGGACUGGAGUCUGACGAGGUGGUGUGACGUCCGCAGGACCGCGCCGCCUGCUAACUUCAGGGAAUAACGUUUGCUGAAGUGU